AUGGUAGCGAAAAUGAGCGAUUUAAAGUUCUUGACCAAGGUGAUCUUCAUACCUACUAUGCUGAUACUUGGUGUAAGUGGAGGUCAAACUUCCGAUUACUACAAUCAAAGUGUUAUCAGUACUGUCGCCUUUGGCAGCUGCAGCAAGAAUAGUUUACCACAAACAAUUUGGCAAAGUGUUAUUGGACAAAAGCCAGAUUUAUUCGUUUGGCUAGGUGAUGUGGUCUACGCGGAUCGCAGAAUUCUACCAUUUGUAUGGACUCGUAAUCCACCAGAAGUUGUAGAAGAUAUCUAUAUGCGCUUCUAUAACAAUACUGCAUACAAGAAAUUUCGAAACAGCGGUAUAAAAAUAGUUGGCGUUUGGGACGAUCAUGAUUAUGGUGAAAAUGGUGGUAAUAAGAAUUCCAAUAACAAAUUGCAAACACAACACGUAUUUUUAAAUUUUUUGGACGAACCACCAGAUAGCAAACGUCGCCAAAGAGAAGGCAUUUACGUCUCUUAUUAUUUUGGAACUGGUAACAAAACUGUGAAGCUAAUUUUACUUGAUACAAGAACGUUCUUUGAUCCUAUUAAUGAAGACAUACUUGGCAAUGAACAAUGGAAAUGGUUGAAAGAGCAACUAAGUGAAGACGCAGCUUUAACUAUAAUAGGCAGUAGCAUACAGGUUUUAACGGAUAUUCCCUUCGUCGAUAGAUGGAGAUUUUAUAAAAAAAGUUUUGAUAGAUUUCUAUGGUUAAUCAGAUCAAGACCAAGGGUCAUCUUGCUAAGCGGCGAUGUUCACUUUGGAGAAAUUUCAUGUCUCAACGAGUCAUGGAUUGGAUAUCCUAUAUUCGAUAUUACUUCCAGCGGACUAACGCAUACAUGUGAAACAACUCUUGUUCCAUUUAGCGUCUGCAGCUGGUCGUUAAAGAGAUAUGUCAUAUCUAAGUAUCGAGUCGGUGAUAUACAUCUAAAUCAAAAUUUCGGAUUGAUACGUCUGAAAUGGAAUGAACAAGCGACUGAAAUUUCAAUCGAAAUACAUGGAUUAGAUGGCCUAAGCUUGCAGCAAACAGUUAAAUUAAGCGACUUAGAUUCGAAAAGUACUCCAGCAAGCUGUCCAACAAGAGUAGCGAGGCCUACGAAUAAUAUGAAGUAUGCCGUUUACGCGUUUACUUUUUGCGCACUUGCCAUACCCUUGGUAUUAUUAGUACUUAUUAUCAGGUCAACUAAUAAAAUAUUUAAGAGAAUGUUUCCGCCUUCAGAACCCGCAAAUAACUGUUCUAAUCCUAUAGACAAAGCCGUUUAUCAUACGCAUAACAGAUUAAAAGCUGAAUAA